CCACCGGGAUCAGGCAGCGACACCGGGACCGGCGCCGGGAUCGGGAUCGGGGAGCGGCACCGGGGGCGGCGGCGGCGCCUGACGGGGGAGCGGCGGCUCCGCAGGCGCGGCCUGAGGCGCUGGGCCCAGCGCUCCCGCUCGCUCCGGGCGGCCUCGGCGGCCGCGGCGGCCUCAGCGUCCCCGUUUGCUCCGCGCCCGGCCCCGCGCGGCCCGAAGCGCCGGGAAGAUGUCGCGGCCCGUCAGGAACAGGAAGGUGGUCGAUUACUCCCAGUUUCAGGAAUCAGAUGAUGCUGAUGAUGAUUAUGGAAGAGAUUCAGGUCCCCCAUCCAAGAAAAUCCGUUCGUCUCCCCGAGAGGCUAAAAACAAGAGGAGAUCUGGGAAGAAUUCUCAGGAGGACAGUGAGGAUUCAGAAGACAAAGAUGUGAAGACUAAGAAAGAUGAUUCACACUCAGCAGAUGAAGAUUUUGGCAGCGAAGACGAUGACGUAGGAGCUGACGAUGGCAAAGCCGACAGCGACUACGAGAGCUCUCAAAAAAGCAAAAAAGGAAAGAAGGCUAAACCAGACAAGAAUAAGAGAGCAGCCUCCAAAUCCAGGAAAAGGCCUGCAGAGGACAGCGAGGAUGAGAAGGAAGAUCACAAAAACGUUCGUCAGCAGCGGCAGGCGGCGUCCAAAGCAGCCUCCAAACAGCGGGAGAUGCUCAUGGAUGAUGUGGGGAGUGAGGAGGAAGAGCAAGAGGAUGAUGAGGCACAGUUCCAGGAGACAGAUUCAGGAAGUGAUGAAGACUUCCUCAUGGAAGAUGAUGAUGACAGUGACUAUGGCAGUUCAAAAAAGAAAAACAAGAAGGUCUCCAAGAAAUCCAAGCCAGAGAGGAAAGAAAAGAAAAUGCCCAAGCCCAGGCUAAAGGCUACAGUGACCCCCAGCCCAGUGAAAGGCAAAGGGAAGGCAGGUCGCCCCACAGCUUCCAAGGCAACAAAAGAAAAGACCCCAUCCCCCAAAGAAGAGGAUGAAGAGCCUGAAAGUCCCCCAGAAAAGAAAAAAUCAGCCAGCCCUCCACCAGAAAAGUCAGGGGAUGAGGGAUCUGAAGAUGAAGCACCCUCUGGUGAAGAUUAAAAUGGCAGUUGAGGAAAAUCUUUGUUUAAAAAAAAAAAGAGGAAAAAAAAAAAAAGAAAAAGGAAAAGAAAACAAUACUUAGGGGUAGAACACGGUUUUGGCUGUGGCUUGACUCAUGGGCUUUGAAUGCUGUCUUUACUUUCAGCUGUUUAAUACAGUGUAUUCUUUUUUAAUAAGAGGAAACCCUUCUACAGUCAUAUUUUGAAGUCAAUGUUCUCUGUUGGCCAUUCCGUUCUCCCUCCCCUGCCAAAUCUGAAAAGCCAUUUAAGACAAAUUAACAGACCAUUCAAUAUUUUAUUUUUUUUUUCAAGGGAUACUGCAGUUGUGAAGCAAUAAGGUUUGAGACUGAUCUGUGGAAAGCAUACUUACAAAUCCUUAAGUAGAAUAGAUUUUUCCCAGUGCUGGUAAGAGCUGUUUAAAACUAUUAUUCUGUAUUUGAAAUAUAUGGAAAAAAAAAAAAAUAAUGAGCCUCUGCUUUAACAGACUUUGAGACGAGUUCACUCUCAGCAAAAAUGUAGUUGUUCUAAUUCCAGUGGAGGAGGAUGGAACCCAGGGAGGAAUCCUGUGUUUCUUGGAUUCAGGCACGUUUUUCAUGGAAAACAAUCAAGAAACUCGGAGAUGCUCCAGUGUCUUUGAUUUAAAAAACACCCUCCAGUGAGGAUGGGAGAUCUUUUGUCUGUGCUGGAUAGAAAACUGUUCUGCUGUAGGCAAAUUGCAGCUCAUUCCAGAGAAAUUCAGAUAUUCAACCUACAGCCUUCCCAUAUCCACUCACCCUUCUUUUAUUCCUUCUGUAGAGGGGCAGAACAGGGAAGAGAAAUAGCAAAAUCACUUUUAAAACUGUUUUCCAUUGGGUACCGUGGAAAAUGUUUAUAUUACAGAUUUUUUCCAAGGAAAAAAAAAAAAACAACAACAAAAAAACCCCAACAGAUAAUGUAAAAUGAAAUUCUUCAGCUUUUGGGGCGAGGGAUGUCCUUUUGUGGGUGUGACAGAGGAUUCCUGUAGUGCUCUGGUCACCUGAGAUCCCAUGAGUCAGGCUGGAGUGUUGCUCUUCCCUCCCUGCCUCCCUCCUGCUGUCCUGUGGGAUUUGUGGGAUCUGCUCCUCACCCUUCCUGUGGGAUUUGUGGGGUCAGCUCCUCACCCUUCCUGUGGGAUUUGUGGGGUCAGCUCCUCACCCUUCCUGUGUGGUCUGAGGGAUCUGUUCCCCUCCUGCCUGUGGGAUCUGCUCCUCUCCCCUGCCUCUGGGUUCUGCUCCCAUCCUGCCUGUGGGAUUUUCUCCUCACCCAUCCUGUAGGAUCUGCUCCCACCCCUCCUGUGGGAUCCUGUGGGAUCAGUUCCCAGGUUCCUGUGGGAUCAGCUCCCAGUUCCUGUGGGAUCAUGGGAUCAGCUCCCAGUUCCUGAGGGCUCUGUGGGAUCAGCUCCCAGUUCCUGUGGGAUCUGUGGGAUCAGCUCCCAGUUCCUGUGGGAUCAGCUCCCAGUUCCUGUGGGAUCAGCUCCCAGUUCCUGUGGGAUCUCUGGGAUCAGCUCCCAGUUCCUGUGGGAUCUGUGGGAUCAGCUCCCAGUUCCUGUGGGAUCAGCUCCCAGUUCCUGUGGGAUCAGCUCCCAGUUCCUGUGGGAUCAGUUCCCAGGUUCCUGUGGGAUCAGCUCCCAGUUCCUGUGGGAUCCUGUGGGAUCAGCUCCCAGUUCCUGUGGGAUCUCUGGGAUCAGCUCCCAGUUCCUGAGGGAUCUCUGGGAUCAGCUCCCAGUUCCUGUGGGAUCAGCUCCCAGUUCCUGUGGGAUCAGCUCCCAGUUCCUGUGGGCCCUGGGGCUGGCAGCCGCUGCCCUCAGCCUGUCCCUGGCAGCGCAGGACACUCGAGGUGUGUGCUGCCAUUUUAAUGUGCUUUUAUCCAAGCAGCCAUAUCCUUCCCCUAACGUUUUUAUUUUCUGAACUUCAUGAAACUCCACAAACCUCGCUUUCCACACCCUCAGACAGUUUUCUACCGCGUUUGUUGGUGGAAACAUUGAAAACUGGACCUGCCAUUUUUAUUUUUAUUUUAAUUUUUUUUCCUUAAACCCUCUGUGCUUCUGUCCGUUGCUCACCUUCUCUUCCAGCUGACAAGCUUUGCAUCCUUCUUGUUUUUUUGGUUUUUAUUUUUUUUGUCACAGAACUCCCCAUUUUGUAACCAGCCUCUCGAAGGUAACAUAAGGCAGCUAAAUAAUGAGUUGGGAUUUCUGGUGGCAGCAGAUUCAGAAUCCUGUUUGGGAUUUUGGGGAGUUCCUAGAGGUGAUACACUAAAUAUAAUCAGGAAAGAGCCUGAAUCCAAUUCAGGUGGGGAAUGGAAUAUUCCUCCAGCAGCUGAGUGAUUGUCCUGUGUGAUUCCCUGGAUUUUAUUGAGGCUGGUAAAUUCCUUUACCUUAUAAAAAUUGAAGUUCUCUAACGUUCUUGACUCUCAUGGAACUACUGUUGCAGUUACAAUAAAGAUGAUGUUGUUUCAUUGUAAA